UUACGUUUUAUCUAUACAGUAAGCCUGUUUACCAUCACUCCCUAUUUCACUGUAUAAAAGAAAGACCUCAGUCUUUGUGGUUACUGCUGGUCAGCAUUCUCCAUCAAACUUCAACAUGAGAAUGAAAAAUCUUAGUCUUUUUUCUGCGUUCCUGGCUCUGCUGGUGGGACUUUCAACUCAAAAGAAUUCUCGGGUACAACCAGAUGUGGAAGGCAAGCCCACCAAGGAGCCUUUUCAUUUGGACAUAACUUCUAAACUUCUAGAGGCAAAUAAAGGGAUAAACCAAAAUCUACUGGAAGGUGACAUUGCUCUUUCAAAGAAGAAGAAUGCUAUAAAAUGUUGGAAUGGCUCCUGCAAAUGGAAGAAAUCCUAUAAUGGACUGGUUGAAGUGCCCUACAGUCUCAGUGAUUACUUCUAUGACAGUGAAAAAGCUUUGAUACAGAAAGCCAUGGAAACUUUCCACAAGAAAACCUGUGUUCGCUUUGUCCCUUUUCAUGGCCAGUCAGACUACCUUAGCAUUGAGAGUGAAAUGGGGUGCUGGUCUACCAUUGGCAGAGAUGGAGGGAAACAGGUGCUUUCUCUGUCUGUGUACGGCUGUCUCGAUUAUGGGAUCAUUCAGCAUGAGCUCCUCCAUGCACUUGGCUUCCACCAUGAGCAUACAAGAAGUGACAGGGACCAGUAUGUCAGGAUUAACUGGGAGAACAUCCCAGCAGCAAAUGCCUUCAACUUCCACAAAAAGAACACCAACAACUUGAACACACCUUAUGACUACUCCUCUGUUAUGCAUUAUGGAAGGACUGCCUUCACAUCAGUGUAUGGAGCAGACACCAUUACUCCCAUUCCAGAUUCCUCUGUGCCGAUUGGACAGAGGGAAGAGAUGUCUGACAUUGAUAUCCUCAGGAUCAAUAGGUUAUACAAUUGCUGUGAGUAUCAAAAUGCUUAGAAGCUGUUUAAUGCACAUUCUCCCCUAAAAUGCACAUUUUUUCCUGCUUUACUGAAUAGCUGUUUUUUUCUGAAGAAAGAGCUAUAGAAGGGUUAACUUCAAAUGAUAUGUUAAUGAAAAAUAUUCAGCUGAUAAGGAAGAUUGAAAGGUUUGAACUUGUAUGCUCUGAAAACACUUAAGAUAAACUCAGACUUCGUUUUUGUGGUGACUCACUGUUCAUACAUGUUUUUUUUUUUCAGACAUUUGAGAGGAAAAAAAAGACAACGCUGCUGUAGCAAGACAACCCCAGACCACCCUGAGUGAAAAUUGUAAUAAUUACAGUACUGCUUUUUUCCAUAACAAGUCCUGCCAUUUAAAUAAAUAAUAAAUGAGCCCA